CGUGCUCCCUACCCUGCUCAGUCACGUCUGCUUCAGCAGCUGAGACGGUGGCGACGUCCGGGCCAUGUGGCUGCGUUGGGUCCUGCUGUCUCUGGUCCACAUCUUAUCUUUUGCACCCCCGGGAGCCGCGACUGAGCCCCACAGUCUUCGUUAUAUCCUCACGGUGCUGUCCCAAGAUGGAUCUGAGCGUUCGGAGUUUCUCGCUAAGGUACAACUGGACGAUCAGCCCUUCCUGCACUACGAUGGGCAGAAUUGCAUGGUAGAAGCAGUCGUGAGAGCUGAGCCCUGUCACAGAGAGAUCGAGGACUUGGAAGAGAAUAAGAAGGACCUCAAGAUGACCCUGGCUGAUAUCAGGAAGAAGAAAGGAGCCUUGCAUUCCCUCCAGGAGAUUAGACUCUGUGAGAUCCAUGAAGACAACAGCGCCAAGGGCAUCCGGCAUUUCUACUGUGAUGGGGAGCUCUUCCUCUCCCAAAACCUGAACACUCAGGAAUGGACAGUGCCCGAGUCCUCCGGAGCUCAGAUCUUGUCUAUAAACAUCAUGAAUGACUUGAAAGAAAAUGCAAAGAAAGGGGGCGCUGUGCUGGCAGACUGCCGGCAGAAACUACUAGGAUAUCUGGAAUCCGGGGUGUGCAUCCGGAGAACAGUGCCCCCCAUGGUGAAUGUCACCCGCAGUGAGGAUUCAGAGGGCAACAUCAAUGUGACAUGCUGGGCUUUUGACUUCUGUCCCCCAAAUAUCACACUGACCUGGCGUCAGGAUGGGGUAUCUUUGAGCCAUGACGCCCAGCAGUCAGAGGGUGUCCUGCUUGAUGGGAAUGGAACAUACCGGACCUGGGUGACCAUCAGCAUUCGCCAAGGAGAGGAGCAGAGGUUCACCUGCUACGCGGAAUACAAUGGCAAUCACAGCACUCACCCUGUGCCCCCUGGGAAGAUGCUGGUGCUUGAGAUUCAACAGUCAGCCAAUCCACAUGUUCCUGCUGCUGCUGCUGCUCCUGAUAUUUUUGCUGGUGUUAUUAUUGGUGUUCUUACUAUUGCUGGUGUUAUUACUGCUGCUAUUAUUGCUGUUAUUCUUUGAUGCAACCUUUGUUGCAAGAAGAGAGCAUCACGUGCAGAGGGUCCAGGUGAGAAAAGGGGGCAGUGGCUGGAGAUGGGAGGGCUCCUGUCUGGGCACUAGGGUCCCCUCAUUGCUCCUGCACAGAUAGGCAUGUACGUGACCAGGCUUCUGGAACAGGUGUUGGAAGUUGGGGUAUUUGGGAGGAGAACAGGAGCCACAUCUCCAACUACACCCCUAAAUCCUUCCCAAGUUAGGGCUGGGGAAGGCCUUCGAAUGUCUAGCUGUGGCCUCUUCCUGCUGCAGGUGAGGAGUGGGCAGCAGGGAUGGCCCCUGCUCUGUCCUCAUCCCGGUCUCUCUGUCACUCAGGCUCACUAGGGCGCAUCCAGGUGGGGUGAGUAGGGAAACACAUGUGGAGUGCUGAGGGCCUGGAUGAUCACAGCCUCAGAGGGAGCAAAUAGUAAAGGCAGCUGUGAUCUGGGGAGGGCUAGAAAAUUGAGAGGAAUCGGAGGGGAGGCGGUGUCCCUAGUCCCUUCCUCUCUGCAUCCUCUCCCUUGUUUCUCCAGCCAUUUGGUGGGGGAGACACCAAGGAAAAGAUAUAUGAGGCCCAGACUGGGGGCCCUGCCUGUGCAGCCCCUUGGAGGCCCUCUUGUAACAAGGAGGGUCCUGGUCGCACACGGCCAUCUCUGUCCACUUUGCAGAUCCUCAUGCGCCUCCUCCAGGAGCUGCCUGGGGGGUGUCAUGUCCUCUGGGUCACUCGAGGCAUUGCUCUUUCCAGGUUCCCACCACCUGGCCUCCCUGAGUUUCCAUGCGGAUGAUAUAGAUGAGUAGAUAAGCAGAUGUCUGUGGACCAUUUGAGGAGCGGGGCCCAGCCCCUCAUCAGGGCAGCUGCGGUCCCUGUUCUCAUCCUACCUCCAGGUGUUUUCUUCUCCAGUCCAGGAGGGACACAGUCUCCAGGGACCAUGUUUCUGGGGCUUUGUUCUGUGCUCUGUGGCCUGACCUUGCCCUCCCUGAGGCUAUUUCCCUUUCUAAAGGUGGUCACUGCCUGGUAAGUUUGGAGUAAGGGACAGUCAGAAUCAUUUCCCCCACAGUCAGGUUGUUUGAUGGGAGAUGAAAAGAGAAAGCAGGAAGUUUUGUGUUUUUGCAAAAAGCGAAGCAGUGCAGGGGACAGUGAGGGGCUGGGGUGUCCAGGAGACCUGGGUCUUUCUGUCGUUUCCCCACUUCUGUGUUCUUGGCCGUAGGGGUGGUGGUUUCUCAUUGUUCACCUAAUUGCACUGUCUGUUUGUCCCUCAGGCCUGGGCAGAUGGGAAGGUUCAUCCCGUGCCCUGCAGCAAGAGGACCCCGUCCAGGAGGAACCCGCAGCAGGGGCAGAGCAGGUGUGUGGUGGCUCCUGCUCUCACCUGCGGUGUCUCCUGUAGAGAGAUUGUCAGUUCUGGUUUUCUGUGAGCCUGACUGGUUUCCUCACAGGUCAUUGGGGGUUUGGCCGGGAAAAGUUAUGUGUCAAUGUUUCAAAAUUCCUGCUUUCAAUGUUGAUGUCCCAUAAAGACGUUUAUAAUUUCAGCUCUACGAUCUCGAUAGAAUUUCCUCUAAUACUGAUGUUGUAAAGCAUACUAAGUGAAACAGGAACUCACAUUUGGAGCUCCCACUCCAGGAGGGUCUGUGUGGGAGACGGUGGCUGUGGCAGUGGCAGUUCCCAGGUGCAGAGGGUGGACAGAGGCCACUCUUGAUGUCCAAGAGUGGAAAGAAAAUGCAUCGAAUGGGAAGAGUUCCACCUUUUGGCUAUUGAGAAUACCGCUGCUAUGAGCCCGGGUAUACAAAUCUCUGUUCGAGGUCCUGAGUACCUGCUUUCAAUCCUUUUUGCAUCCACUUUGUGUCUGUUUCCUCAUGCCAAUUAUAUAACUGAUGAGGAAUUAGUAUUCGAAAUACAUAAAAACUACAAUUCAUCAAUUUAAAAAAAAAAAAAAAACAUUCAAAAAUGGGUAAUGGACAUGAAGAGACAAGUCACCAAAGAAGAAACACAAAUGGACAACAGACUCAUGAAACGUGCUGAGCUUCACUAGGCUGACUGUUGGUGAGGAGGUGGAGACACUGAAAUCCUUGUACACUGCUGGUGGGAAUGUACAAUGUUGCAGCCACCAUG